AUGUCUCUUAACAUUUCAUCGUUGGCGCUAGCCGAUUCCGUGGCUUAUAUCAAUGGCUCGGUCUAUACCGUCGACAGCACCAACCCAUGGGCAUCUGGCUUCAUAGUCUCACCUGACGGAAUUUUUACGCAUGUUGGAACAACAGAGGAUGUAGCUUCUAUAGCUAAUCGUUCUCAACUCAUCGUCGUUGAUCUUAAAGGCAACUUCACCAUGCCCGGAAUACACGAUGCACAUUCACAUUUGAUGAUAUCAGGCCUUGCCCUCAUAUCAGACGCCAACAUUGGUACAAAUGUUACAAGCUUCAAUAUUGCUGAAAGAGUAGAGCAAGGAGAAUGCGCCUGCGAAUAUAUCAACACCUAUCAGAACUGGAUAUUGGCUGGAGUCUACAGCAGCGAAGGCUUUCCCAACAACACCGUUGAUCGCCAAUAUCUGGAUGUAGCAUUUCCUGAUCGCCCAGUGGCUGUGAAUGGUGGUGCAGGCCACGGCGCGCUCCUCAAUACGGCCGCACUGGAGCUGGCCGGAUACGAUGUGAACAACGAGCCUGACACGCAAGGGUCUAUCUUCCUGCGACGAGCAGACGGCAGCCUAACAGGCGAGUUGGGUGAAACUGCCAUGAACAAGUUUGGAGUGGCGUUGCCGCGUCCGGGUACACCGCACAUCAAGCGGGCCCUACAACGUGCGAUGCGAUCCUCGCAUCAAUCCGGCAUCACGAGCGUCCAAGAGGCAUCUUCGAAUACCAUGCUCUUGCGCGCACUCAGCGAAAUGGAAAAUGACGGGACAGUGAAACUCGAUAUCUAUACGCAUAUAGUUUAUGGGCCUGAGUGGGUGUCCCGUGAAAGUAAGGAUGAUUCAAUCCGCCUCCUCGCAGAAGCGAAGAGAUUUAGAAGUAGUCACAUUCACCCGGACUUUGUUAAGAUUGUUUUGGAUGGUGUUCCCCUCCCGCCGUUCCUCUCGCACGCGCCACUCAACGCGGACGGCAAAGUCAACAGCACGCACAUUCAAGUCGAGGACGUUGCUCAGGCAGUUGCUGAGUACGAUCGACUUGGAAUGACGGUAAAAAUCCAUUGUACCGGCGAAGGAGCAACAAGAAUGGCAUUAGACGCCAUUGAAGCAGCACGACAAACCAAUCCCGGCGGCCCUAGACACGAAAUCGCGCACAAUAGCGGCGUCAACGAAGAAGACUACAAGCGAUAUGCGGAGUUGAAUGUUACUGCUGAAAUGAGCCCUGCCGCAUUCUUUGGAAGCGAGCUUGAACAAGGAAGCGAACUCAUGGAUUGGAACUUCGCCAAGAUGCAAACAGCAGGCGCACAUAUCACCAUCGGGUCUGACUGGGGCGCAUCACCUGAACCUACCAUCCUGAGGUACAUGGCCAAUAAGCUGGACCAAAUUGGUGGUGGCUCAACACAGAGCGGUGCUGAACUUGCAUUGCGUAUGCUUACUUUGAAUGGCGCGCAGGCCGUUGGAAAAGACAAAGAAAUUGGAAGUAUCGAGGUGGGCAAGAAAGCUAAUUUUAUUGUUGUGGAUAGAGAUUUGAGUCGGGGCGAAUUUGCUGAGGCGCAAGUUUUGCGUACUUAUUUCGAGGGAGAGAAAGUGUGGGAUGCUGCUCUGCCGUAAUGUGGGCUGGUGUCCAGAUAGAUGGAUCCCCUAGGGUCCAAUGAGCAGAGUACCUUAGUAGAAUU